CAGCACUUCCUUCCCUCUGCCAGCGGCUGCCUUUCCCAGAGCUGUUUAGCUCAGGCUGCCACUGAAUUUCCAGCCUGCUGCAAGAGAGCACAGACGCCUGAGAUCAUGCUUGCUGCAGCUGCCUUCCCGCACAGCACAGGUCAUCCAUGGAAACCUUGUAUUCUGCCCUCCAGGACGAGAUCUGUGCCUUCGAGGCACACGUGCAGAGCUGCCAGAAAGACUUUGACCUGCACACGCUUUACAAUGUGCUGCUGCUGCUGCUCCCCGGGAGCCCGACCUGGGAGGUGAAAAGCCUGGAGCAGCUAGAAAAGCUUGUUGAGGGCAGGGCCUGGCCAGGCCAGGACACCGUGAAAAUUACAGGCAGCGCUGAGAGUUGUGAUGUCCCUGGCUAUGUCGCCUGGCUUGGCUCCUACCUGGGGUACUUAAAUACUUUAAAAGAGACGUUUGAUGCCAAGGUCGUAUUCCCUUUGUGUGAGCACCUGUAUGUCCACGAGGAGCUGGAUGCCGGGGCUGAGCGCCGGUCUCCUGUGGGUUCCCACAACGGAUCUGGUGCUGGGCACAGCGGGGAGAAGAGGCCCCAUACUGUGACCUCCAUCACAGAUAUCGCCAAGAAACUGUUUGCCGUCAGGAGGAAGUGGGCCUUGCUGCUCAACCGGGGGGUGAUUGACGACCGGGUCUUCAGCCCCCAGAGCCUGUGCACCCUGCGGGGCUUUGCCAACACUGGCCCCAUCGUGAAGGUUCUGAGGCUGGUUCCUGACAUCUUUCACAAGAGCUUGGCCAUGGCGGCGCUUGCCAGCCAGUGGCUCAGUCUCCAUGGAAGCAGAUACAGCAUCUUCCAGCUGCUGUCAGAGCCGGGCCAGGAGAAGGGCGAGCGUAGAACUGGGCUGGCUGCUGGCACCUCUGAGCCCUGGAGGAAUGGAGUGGCCAUCAGCCUCCCUGAGUCUGCCAGUGGCUGCAGCAGUUUCUCAGGAGGCCGGGUACCUCCCAGACCCAGGAGAAGCAGCAGCAGCUGCAGCUCCCAUGAUGGAGGUGGCUGGCUGGGCAGCGUCAGUGCGACGCAAACCAAGCUGCGGGAGAGUCGAGAGGAGCUGAUGGCCCUGCUCUGGCGAGUGGAACGAGCUGGAGUGCUGGAAACUCAGCUGCACGAGCUAACCCAGAGCAUCUCCAGGCUGCAGCUGGAGCAGCAAGACACAAGGCGCAAGCUGGACGUUUUCCAGCAGAGGCUGGAGCAGGCAGACUGGGACGUGCCUGACAGCAUACCGCUGCUUAGAAGCCAGUGCCAGGCAACGCUCAGAGAGCUGGAGGACCAGGGGCGGCACAUGGAGCUGGAGAAGUAUCGUAAGAGCAUCUUGCAGAGUGACUGGCUGCUGGAGCUGGAGCUCAGACCAGGUCUUAUUCGGCAGCUUGAUGCAUUGCAGCAGCGCUGCAGAGAGCUGGAGCAGUCGCUACAGGCCAAGGACCAGGCCGCACUACAGCAUCUCCUGCCAGCAAGUAGGACAGACUCUGCUUCCCUGUGUGACUCAGGGCAUUGCUCCACCGUGUCUCCCAUGCCGACAAAUAAAGCCUGAGUCCUGCCCUCAGGGAGGGACAAUGGCAGGAGGGACUGGACCCUGUUUUGCUGCCUCUG